UCUUCAUUUGAAAGGAUCCUCCGGAGCCGGACGGAUCUACACCGACACACACAGACACUUGUAGCCGCAGUAGGGUCGCGGUCUCUCGGCCAUGGCCUCCAUCGUGUGCCGGGUCCAGUACCUGGAGGACUCGGACCCGUUUAUCUGCACCAACUUCCCCGAACCUCGGAGACCUCCGACGGUGAACGUGGAGGAGAACCUGCCGCUCAGCGAGCAGAUCGCCGGGAUACACAAGCUGCUGGAGGCGCCUCUCAAGUUGGAGGAGUGCACCCUUCAGUUGUCCCCUAAUGGAAACUACCUGGACCUGGACUUGUCUCUGGCCGAGCAGAGAGACGAGCUGGACAGCUUCUAUGAAGACGUGAGUAAAGGGAAGAAGCCCAUCCUGAUCCUGAGGACUCAGCUCUCCGUCCGUGUUCACUCCAUCCUGGGUAAUUAUCUCCUCCACGCUGCUCUUUCUUUCCGUGGUCUCCCUGCAGCAGAGGACUGA